AGCCUCGAGGGGUCCGAGCGCCUUUUUUUGUCACCGCCGGGCCAGCCCCGGAUUCGGCAGAAGCGCGCCAGGGCGCGCCGCCGUUGCCCGAAGGCGCCAUGCCGACUGGCAAAGUGAAGAUGUUUGAUCACGAUAAGGGCUUCGGAUUCAUCUCGCCAGAUGAAGGUGGUGACGACGUUUUUGUGCAUCGCAAGGUUUCUGGGUCAGACCGGACAGCAUACCUUGAGAAGGGUGACUCCGUCACGUACGAGACAGAGUGGGACACCCAGAAGAACAAGUACUGCGCGUCCAAGUGCACAGGAUUCCGCACCAGUGGUGGCGGCGGCGGCGGUGGAGGCUACGGCGGAGGCGGAGGCUACGGCGGAGGCGGUGGCGGCGGCGGCGGCGGCGGCGGUGGGCGUCCGACAGAUUCGAGGGGUCGCGAGAUGUGCGGAGACUUCAAGAGGGGCAGGUGCGACCGCGGCGACCGCUGCCGCUACUCGCACGAGAGCAGCCGCAGCCCCGAGCGCCGCGGGCGCAGCCGCAGCCGCAGCCGCGGGCGCGGAGGCCCGGGCUACGGCGGCGGGUACGGCAUGCCGCCGCCCGGGUACGGCAUGCCGCCGCCAGGGUACGGAGGGUACGGGAUGCCGCCGCCCGGCUACGGAGGCCCCCCGCCCGGCUACGGCGGCGCCCCCCCUGGCUACGGCGGCCCCCCGCCGGGCUACGGCGGCUACGGCGGCCCGCCGCCCGCGGGCUACGGCGGCCCGCCGCCCGGAGGCGGCGGCGCCCCGCCCCUGCCCCCGGGCUGGGAGCAGCUCCCGGACCCGGCCAGCGGCCGCCCCUAUUUCUGCAACCGCUCCACCGGGGAGACCAGCUGGACGCCGCCGCCAGCACCCGCGGCUGGCGGGCCCCCAGGCGCGCCUGCGGCCCCGGCCCCCGGCGGCCCGGGCCCCUACGCCGGCGGCCGGGGCCGGCCCGGCGGCCCCGGCGGCGCGCCGAUGGGGCCGGGCGGCGGCGCCCCCCGCUGCCGCAGCGGGCUGGGAGACGGCCAGCGACCCCGCGAGCGGCAAGCCGUAUUACUUCAACCGGGCCACUGGUGAGACGCGCUGGGAACCACCUCGCUGAAAUGUUUACCUUCAGGAGUGGGACUAUGACUAUACGAUUCGGAGCGGUAUGAAAAUAGCUUGCUGACAGGAUGUUUCCACGGAGCGGCGUGCGUGUUGUUGUCGCUAAUUGGUGUCAUUCCCCGAAGUCACCUCUAAGGGCAUGGUUGUCCCAUGUCCAGCUUGUCUUAGUUUUGUCAGUCUGCCUGCCGACGUCUGCCUUCACUGUGUGCAUGACAACGCGUGGGGAACCGGAGAAAUUCGAACGGACUGAAGUAGAGAUGAGUCGGUCUAUGGGGCUGGUGGGUGCCCUCAACUGAAGGUGGCACACAUUGUGUGAUCGAGGCGUUUGACGGAUCAGAAUCAGG